AUACUUCAUAAUUUGUAGAAUCAUCGAAGAUUUGGCAGCGUCGCAGGUGGCGAUGAAUGGAUUCCGGGAUGCAUUGAUGGAAAAGGUGGUAGACAAGGACGGAGAUACCGCUACGAUCAAUAGAGUGGUUGAGAUGGCAUCAGAAGAACGAUGGGGAAGAAGUGUAGCUCUUGAGCAGGCAUAUGUACAUGACGUUUAUGAACAGUUUGCUGAUGCUGAAGGUCCUGCUUCUAAUCCUUGGCCAAAGGUUGAGACAUUCCUCGACGAUUUAGAACCUGGAUCUAUUAUCUGUGAUGUUGGCUGUGGUAACGGAAAAUACCUCAAUGUUAAUAACACGAUAUUCAACAUAGGAGGAGAAAAAUCUAAUCGGUUUUGUCGUAUAGUCAGAGAAAAGAAUAUAGAGGUAGUAGCAAUGGACGCUCUCCAACUACCCUUCAGAGACGACAGCCUAGAUGCAGUAGUUUGUGUUGCGGUAGUCCAUCAUCUAGCGACGACCGAACGACGAGUCAGAGCUCUUAGGGAAUUGGCUCGGGUCCUCAGGGUGGGGGGAAGGGUUAUAGUGACGGUGUGGGCGAUGGAAAGAGCCGCGGACAGUGGAGGCAGCAAGAAGAGAAGAUUUAGGUCACAAGAUGUCUUGGUGCCUUGCAGAGGUCCCCCGUGGGAUGCAAGGGAUGCGCCGAUCUGCUGUGAGGAGAAAAGGCAGCAUAAGAAGAGAGGGAGAUCUCAAUCUCGCUCCAAGAAGUCGCGCCACAACAACAAUAACAACAGCACAUCCGCCAUAAACCAGAACAUCCGAUACGAUUCAGGAUCUCCAAGUAGUUCAAGCCUGAGUAGUCCCAACGAAACAUGCUACAGUUUUGUAAGAAGAGCAAUUCAGAAACUAGCGGGAGGCGGGGGAGGCAGUAAAGGAAGUAGAGGAGGAAGACCUUGGCAUUUGCUGGAUAGCUGGACAGUUUGUGCUAAGGAAGCUUCUCAUAGGAAUAGAUGUGACGAAUCUGGCUGUGAAUGCAGUGAAUGCGCCUUGGAGAGCACCCAAGACAUCCCGAUUGAACUACGGCGGAUAGACGAUGAAGAACCUCCACCUCAAAGAAGGCAGACCUUUCCUGCCUCUCAGUUAGCAGGCGAUGUGGCGCAUCUCAAGUCCAGGAGCAUGCAGGAGAUAGUCACCGAUGAUUUGGACCACAGAAAAGGAGGAGGAGGAACAUGUGGGGGCCUGAUUCAGUUCCAGGACGUGGAUUCGAUUUUUGUCAGGGAAGAAGGCCAAGUGUCAAUUGUGGGAGAAAAUCCUAGUGCUCAGAUCGAAAAUAUAAAUGAAGCCAAAAACGAACCUGUGAUACAAAAGGAUAUCGAUGAGACAUCAGAAACGUCGGAAUGUACAGAACAAAAAGAAAAACGAGUCAAACCGAAACUAGUGAAACAGAAAAAGUCAAUAAACGAAGAUGAUGCCGACGAGGCGUUGGACCAACCUACCGAUAUGUUUAAGGUAGCCAACCUGCCUGAUAUCAAGUCUGCUUUAGGAAGGUAUAACCGAGGUGGGGUAUUAAAACAAAGGUCCCUGAAUGAGGAGCUGAUGUCGACAGAACGGUUACAAGAAAAGGAGCGACUGCGACAGAAUAUCCAGAAACAGGCAUCACUGAACGAAGAUUUGAUUUGUCAUCGAUCAACAGCCUUCAAAGACACAUUUAAGGAAUCAGUGCUGUAUGUGUCGACCACGAGGAAGUUUCAGUUGAUCAAAACAGGCUUUGCGAAUAAAAUCAAGAACUCCACUACGAAUAUAAACAUCGAGAAAGUCACGGGUGCCUCUCUUAAAAAUGGUUUUGUGAAGAUCUUCCAGAAUUGGAAAGCAUCAGAAAUCAUAUCACCUUCAAUACCAGAAAAUACAACCUUAGAUUGUAAAUCUGUAGUUCCUCAGACUGAUGAUAAAAAAGACGGCAAUGGUGGAAAUGGUGAAAGGCGACAUUCUAAAGAAGAUGGUUCAGAUUCUUCAAAAGACAGCAGUCUUCAAAGUGACACGAGCGUGGAUAGCGAGGAUUCCUUCGCGUCAGUGAUAUUCGUCCCCAAAUCGGACCCCAUGUCCCCCACACCCCUGUCACCUGGAGUACCCACUUCCCCUCGAAUGCCGCUAGCUGUGUAUCCCCUCACCAAACAACUGAGUUCCCCUAAGCCCUCCACCGAGAGUUCUCAGGAAGUGAAAGAUAGUCUAAGACGCCACCAGACUUUCCAGUCAAGUACGAUUGUCCCCGCCAGCAAAAACCUAUCGGAGAAAUAUGCUGUGCAGCAGAUUCCUAAGUUUAGGAGGACCAGUCUCAAUACGCCAAGUCUAAAAAGAAGCCCGCCCCUAACCCCGAAAAGUCCGCCCAACGCCACCGCAUGCUCUACUGCUCCAACGUCUGCACCCAUACCACCAAAAAAACCAGCAAGCCCCCCUUCGACGGAAGUAUCCGAAGAAGCGGUUCCUCCUCCACCUCCAUUGGUCGUCGAACCGGUGUCGACGACGCCCAGCGUGCCAGGCGGUACCGGCGCCAAUUUUGAUGCCACGAGAGCAGAAAGACUGAGGAAGAUCCGGGAGAUGCUGCAUCAGAAACCCGGGUUCGGAACAAGGAGUAUCUCUGGUCAUUCGUUUCCCAUCGUAAGACAAUCGUCCAUAUCCAACGGUAAAGUAGAAGCCAUAGCGAAACCCCUGCCUAAGCUACUCACCUUAGAGCUGUUCAACCCAGAAACCGAUGAUAAGGAUAGCGACUCUAGUUGUGUCUCAUCGCCGGACUCUGUUGAAAGUGUGAUCAGCCUGAAUAGCGACAAGAGGUCUCCAAGUCGAUCCAAGUUUGAGUUUCCUUCAACAGAACAAGAAGCUAGAAGUACGCAUGUUCAAGAAAGGCACCCAGCAUCACUAAAUACGCACAAACCUCUGACUAGGCUGAAUGGAAGAAGUAGGAGAAGGUUUCAAACAGAUGAAUUUCUGAGUGCGUUGGGCAAAGAAUACUUGAGAAACAGUGGCAGCGAUAUGACGCCUCUUUUGUCUUCCGCGGCUACAGGUGACUGGGAUGCUGACUGUCAGCGACAUUUGACGGAUUUUGCUGACAGACUAAGUGAAAAACUGUUACACGAAAUCGAUCAGUACAGGGUGGGAACUCAAAUUGCUGGCGAUGAAUACGACGAUCCUUACAUCAGCAGGUUGAGCGAAGAAUUAAGUGACCUAUCAAAACUUAGCGCGGAAAUACAGAAACAAAACGAGUACCUGGCAGCUUUGAGUGUUAGUGACAGUCUUUUAGUGAGCGGGGAAGACAAUGGUGGGGAAAAGUUUGAUGGUGGAAAAAGUAGUGAGGGUGAUAGUGGAGUGGGUAUUCCUUCUCUUAGAGCCGACGACAGAGGAGCGACGACGGUUGGCGGCUCCAUGUCGACGAAUGCAAGAAAUAAAGGUGGAGGUACUUCGCUAUCCUCCGAGUCCUGGGAUUCUGACAAAGCCACCUAUUCCACCACAGCAUCAACUGCGUCCCUAACUUCCUGUGGCAGCGACUGGAAACGACCGGUGCCUGUUCAACCCCCAGCGGCUCUGCAGAGGACAGUGGCGUCGUCACAAGAAACUCUGGAGGAGGGGCAACAGGGUCAACAAGCUGUCGGUGGAAGGGGAGGGGAGAUUACUUACCAUAGGUACUACCACGUGUUCAGGGAAGGCGAAUUGGACCAACUAAUCGAGAAGUACGUGGAGAACCUGCACGUCAUCUCGUCGUACUACGACCAUGCCAGUUGGUGCAUAGUCGCUGAGAAGGUCCAGGUAUGGACCAUCUGACCGCCAACCAAACUCACUAGUUCACCGUUCGUCGUCACUACGCACCACAAUGUACAUAAUAUACACGUAUUAUUAUUACUAUAGCCAGCGAACAUGGACACUAUGUAUGUCAGGUUAUUGUAGUUAUUAUAUAAUUCUCCUGAAUUCACAUGUUCCCUCCUCCUGUUCCUGAAUCCUGUCCAUUCAUUCCAUUAGGACUGUAGAUCAUCUCUUCAGUUAUUUAAGACAGAAAGAAUCGACAAUGCUUGCUACGAUUUUUUCUAAAAGGGUCAAACAGUCUCUUUAAACAGCCAAAAUAGAAAUAACAAAUCAAGCAGAGGUCUAAGUAGCUGGUUUUUAAUGUAGAUUCUCUGAUACAACAGUAGGUCAAAGAGAUCAUCAAUGAUAAAGUGAGACCACCAGAUAAGUUUAAAAAUUACAUUCCUUUCGUUUGCAGCUCUUUCGAUAUGUAAACAAUAUGGUGAGUUCAGUCUUGACUAGAGGUGGAGAGAAGGGGGAUUAUAUGGAAAAAAGUCAUCAAUAUGCCACCGCUGUGCUGCUGUGAUCCCAUGUAGAUUUUGACCACCAGUAGUACAAUUGACAGUGCAUUUGACUGAGUGACCUUGAUUUUCUUUAUAUAUUUCCCAAACCGAACCAAACAAAAGCGUAUUUUGUAGUAUAAUCAUCACUCAUCAAGUAUCGAUUAAAUCUGAUUCGAAUCGAUAAUCGUUGCUAAACUGCUGUUUUGGUCGCCGCUCUACUCCCGUACGGUGAUGACAUUUUUAUAAGUCUCUAUGUUGCCAAGAACACAUCCUAGCUUUUUACAACUAUUAUAAUUUCGUGAACAAUUUUUUUCAUUAUAAAGAGAUGAGCUACAGUCCUAUACCGAUCCUAAUAUAAUCAGAUAUACCUGCAACUUCCAUGCUUGGUACGCAAACAUCUUUAACACUUUAACGAAUAACUGAUGAUGAACAUUCAAUAUCGAUUCAAAUGAAUUCAUAAAUGUAGAGUGGUUAGAAUAUCCGUAUUUUGCUACACGCAAGAAUCUCUACCGUUUGUUCAGGUAGAUUUGAAGUGAACGAACUUUUCCAUGCUUUUUUCUCAAGGAAUGACUUUAGUGACAAUGGUGGAGAAGGUCAAGGAUUUCUGCCUACCUUGCAUGGAUAGAAAUAAUAAUAGACCAAACAAUAGAGAGAAAGGGGAAAUAACUUCAAUGGAUGUUUCGUAAUCUAAAUUGUCAACGUGCAAUACAACAGCAAAUUCUCGUUCUCCAAGCUUUUCAUAACAUCCAAGCACUGCAAAAACAAUGCUUAUCGAAUAAGUGAUGGAAAUGAAUAUACCCAGCCAACAAAUGUAAUACGAUGACAACGAAAAAUCUCUACUGUUUGGUUGUCAACGAAAAAAAGACCAAUGCAGAUUAAGGGUUGGAAAAACUCGUACUCUCAUUAGUGUUUUUGAUAGACCGUUUUUGUUAGACAAAAUCAAUUCUCGGAAGAUGUAUAUCUUUAUGACGCACAAAGAUUUUCAAGCCAUAGCUUUACAGUUAAUUAUAGUAUAAUAUAAUCAUAUGGAAAUUAUACAUCACCAUCUGCUAUUGGUAGAAGUCAUGUAAAAUUACUCUUCAUAAUACGCACUGCACUGUUCUGAAAAAAUGAUGUGCGCGCCAGAAGCAAACCUCAGAUAUAUCUAGGGUUGUAGGCCCAUUAAGUGGCCCUCUCCAAAUAUACAAGAAUUAUUUGAAGAGCUCUAGGCCUGACCCAGAUAUAGCGCUCGACCGCUAUCGAUGAAACUUGAUGAUUUCUACAUAGGUACUAAUACAAUUUGUCGAUAUGAAUAGUUUUAACUUGUUCUCUCAAGCCGUUUGCCUAAACGAACUUUUGAACUGAACACUGCGUGAUUUU